GGUGCCUUGGGGUACUCAUACAACGCUGGCCAAACACCGUUAGCCAGCCCCGAGUGACGAGUGUUGGAGGACAACAAUUCGUCAGCCACUGGCUGAACAAUCGCCAGCACCCAGGAACGACAAUUGUUAAAGUUUUAUAGAUAAAUAGGAAAUAGUCCAGUCACCAGUGGCUCAAAGAACUGAAGAACUCAUUUUUCAGGAAGAAAAUUUAGGAAUUGAUAAGAUCAAAAGUGUCAAGUGCAUUCGCUAUCUUCAGAGAUUUUUCAAAAAUUUUUGACUGUCCGGGAUAACUGACAAUUGUGACAAGUGAGCUACCGAGAGUCCUUUAAAUCGUGUAAACAGAGGCACGCGGGAUCGGUUGGAUCAGUGAUUGCAAUUACAGUCUGAAAAUUUGAAAAAUCAGUUUCCAAGAUUUGGGAAUUUUCCUCACGAUUUCAAUUCCUGAUUUUCAUUAAAAAAAAAGUGUAGUCACUACGAAACCGCUGAAGAGGGUUGCAUCGAUCGCUCGCCAUUUUGCUAGCCUCCACAGUAGUUGAAACAUUGCCCUGUUGUGGUGACUGGGCACCCCGGAAAUUUUGAGUUAUCGUUUUAAUAAAAAUUCACGGGAUCAUCAUCUCGGAAACUAUCUAGGGAGUUGAUUCUCCUGGAAGAAGGACGAAUUUUCGUGAGGAUAGUAGCUGUCGACUUUAGUAUAUUGAUCGUGUGCGCCAUAUUAGUCUGAACCGCCUCGUCUGAGGGGUUGCGUGGGCAAACGAGGGAAGACAGUUGAAGGCGAGACGAUAGUGAGAUAUAAGGUGACGAAAAUUUAUUUUUCUCUGGUCGUAAAGUGUUAAAAGUAUCUCCAAAAAACAGACAAACAUACAACAGCGAGAAAAUUGAAAAAAUAAGGUUCGCAAAGGUCACAAGGGUAAGAGUACGAAGUGUUUAAAAAUUGGAAACGCAGUAGAAAAAGAAUUCUGGAAAAUUGAGUGUUCAAAAGAAAAGCAUUAAUUGGUGAAUAGGGUCGGACUAGGGCCUGAGUAGGGCCUGGCUAGCCACCCCUGAAUAAUCACAAAUCACUUUGAAAUAGUCAUCUAAUCCACCAAAAGCCCCCAUAACUGGCCGCUACCUGACGCCUGGUAUACGGUAGGCAUCAGGCUGGGAGGACGUUUGAGUGAAGUGGUGGGUCCCGUCGUGGAGGAGGCCAUUGAGCCAGGGGAUGCAACCCCGCUGACGGGACCCUCGAGGGAGGCCUCGAUACCCCGAGCCCCUCCACCCCCACCUCGUAUAACCACACCAAGUCCCCCAAGACCGCCACCACCGCCAUCACCACCUCAACAGUCCCAACCACCCCAGCAGCUCCAGGUCCAUCUCCAUCCACAUCUGACCAAGAGUCACAGUCAGGUGUUAACACAGGGUCAAACACAGGAUCAGCAUCAACACCACCAGCUCCAUCACCAAGUCAGUGAGCCAACUCAAAAUCCAAACAUGGGGACUGUUCUGUCAUUCAGUCUCAAGGAGCGAAAUUCUUCAUCAGUUUAUCCACCAAUUGGUCAUCAAUAUUCCGAAUUCACCCUCAACAAUUUCAACUACGAACAGCUGAACAAUGCGAAGAAUCGGGAGAACAAGAGUGUCACGGCUGUUGCACCAGCACCACAAAAUACCAACAACAAUUCGUUGCAGAAUAAUAAUAUUAAUUUGAACAAUAAUGACAAUGCGAGAAUUAUUUCGGAGAAAAAUGCUCUGGAGAAGAAUCUCAAGAAGCACUCGUUGUUCAUCAAUGCACUGUCGUGGAAGCGAUUUAAUACGACUAACAAUAACAAGAAAAAGCUGGAUAAUAAGAAUAAGAACCUCACUUUUAGGCAGCCACUCGAUAAUAUUCCUAUUGUUGAUAAGAAUAAGAAUAUUCAGACGCCGCAGACGAAAGCUCCAGUAUCCAACAACAAUCAUACGACGCACAACCCCAAGUGCGAUAAAACAGUGGACAGGUCGCAACAGCCGGCUGGACCACGUAAAACAGUUAUUCAAGCAUCAACGUCUGAGUUAUUGAGAUGUCUCGGUGUUUAUCUCCAUGGUAAAUGCACACGAUUGAGAGACUUUCAAGCUGGUGAUGCUGUCAUGUGGCUCAGAACAGUUGACAGGAGUUUAAUACUCCAGGGAUGGCAGGACGUACCGUUCAUCAACCCAGCGAACGUGGUAUUCGUCUAUAUGCUUAUCCGUGAUUUGGUAGACGGUGAGGAAGCGUCUGAGCGUGAGCUCCAGGCAACAGUGCUCACCUGUUUAUACUUAAGCUACAGCUACAUGGGCAACGAGAUCAGCUACCCCCUGAAGCCCUUCCUCGUGGAAGACAGUAAGGACAAAUUUUGGGAUCGUUGCCUGCUGAUUGUCAACCGUUUGAGCUCAAAGAUGCUGAGGAUCAACAGUGAGCCUGGCUUCUUCACGGAGAUAUUCACCGAGCUCAAGGUAUAUGACACCCCCUGGAGACGUCCUUCACUGAAUAUGGGCGUAUAAAACCCAAAGGGCCUGCCUGCGGAACCGGAGAACGCGGCAGUCUUACUGGGAGUGGCCUCGAACGAAGUCUCGUCGUCUCCGGAGUCGCGGUACCCACCAAGGCAGCUUGACAGAGCUACAGAGAGCUCUUGGAUCGGAUCACCAGGAACGAAUGC